ACGCUCAUAAUCCAAACGUUGGACAUAAAAGAAACCUGCGUGUUUUCUGUCUGGGUUUCUUUCAAGGUCCAACCAUCUUCCUCCCUUAAAAAAUUCAUCAUCUGGCUUCUUGCACUUCAAUCAUCAUCAUCAUUUUCUCCAGAAACAUCAAACUUUAAGAGAAAGAUCAUCGUGUUCAGGAGGAGAAGAAGAAGCAGAGAAAAUGGUAAACUUCAGGAAAAUGGAUUCACAGAAGGACAUGAGUUCUCCGAGGGGAGAGGUUGGAGAGAUCGACACAAGGGCGCCAUUUCAAUCUGUGAAAGCUGCUGUCAGUUUAUUCGGUGAAGUUGCUGUUUCCAAGGAAAAACGUUCUGUCAGGAGAAGAUCAUCCGAGAAUGUACUAGAAAAGGAGACACAGCUUCUGUUGGCACAGAGAGAACUGAACAAGAUAAAGAAGCAGCUGGAGAGUGCUGAGACCACAAAAUCUAAAGCGCUUGCUGAGCUUGAGAAGGCAAAAGUGACGCUUCAAGAUCUCACAACGAAGCUGACAAAUGUUAGAGAAUCCAAGGAAGCCGCCAUGGAGGCUGCAGAAGCUGUGAAGAAUCAGGCCAAGCAGCUUGAAAGGGCCAAGUCCCAGAAAGAAGUGGGCUUUGAAGCUUGGAAGCUAGAACUCGAGCAUGCAAGAAAAGAAUACACAACCACUGUGAAAGAACUUGAUGCUGCCAAGCAAGAACUGACCAAGAUCAGGCAAGAUUUUGAUGCGGCUUUAGAGGCGAAGCUGGCGGCGUUUCAGACAGCCGGAGAAGCUCAACGUUCAGCCAAGUUGAACUCAGAAAGGAUCAGCGAGCUCUCGAAUGAGAUUGCAGCCAUGAAAACAUCUGUUGAGGAGUUAAAGCUUGCAUCUCUGCAGACUCAAGAGGAACAAGCAAAGGCCAUGGCAGAGAGAGAAGCUCAAUAUGAUUCUUACAAGAAUGGUAAGGAAGAAGCAGAGGCAAAGAUGGAAUCUUUGAUGAAGGAAUAUGACCCAGAAUUGAAUACAGAAGAUCUUGAGGCUAAACUUGCUGAAACAAGUGCAGAGAUUGAAGUUUUGCAAGAACAGAUGAAGAAGGAACAUGCUUCUGAUAUGGAAGCUGCAAAAGCUAUAACUUCAGAACUCAAAGAAGCCACAAAGACACUAGGAGAAGUUGCUGAAGAAGAAAGCUCUCUGAGAAACCUAGUGGCUUUGUUAAAGGAUGAAUUAGAAAAUGUGAAGACUGAGCAAAGAAUCUUGAAAGACAAGGAACAAAAAUCAGAAGCUCUUGCCAGUUACAUUAAAGAUGAACUUCAAAAGAGCAAGGGAGAAACAAAUAUAGAGGAGUUGGAAAAAGCUUCUAAAUUAUUUCAUGAACAAAGCAUGAAAAUAGAGAAGCUAACAGAAGAAACAGAAACUGCAAAAAGGGAUGCAGAAGAGAUGAACCAGAGAACACACGAUCUGAAGCAAGAAGCCGAGAAAGCGCGAGCUUUGGCUCAAGAACUGGAAACAAAGCUGGAGAUUGUGCUAAAAGAGGCCGAAGAAGUGAAAGCAGCAGAGCAAAGAGCCCUUGAGGAGAUGAAGAUCUUGUCUGAGAUGCAAGGAAACAACAAGAAUCAAGUUAGUGAUGUAACAAACUCAGAAGAUCAUGGUAAGAUCAAACUAUCUGUUGAUAAGUUUGAGUCAGUGACAGGGAAAGUGAAGGAAUGUGCUGAUCUUGUGGAGAAGGCAGAGCUGGCUGCAAUAACUCAGGUUGUGGCAAUCAAGGCAAGACAAAGUGAAGCAGACAAGAAGUUGGAAGCCAAUCUGAAGGCAAUUGAGGAAAUAAAAGCAGCAACAGAGAUGGCUCUAAAGAAUGCAGAGAUGGCAGAUUCUGCAAAAAUGGCACUUGAAGGUGAACUUAGGAGGUUGCGCCAGCAAGACAAGGUGCCGGCUGAAUCAGCACCUUUGGAUUCUUAUUAAAUGACCAUUUCUUCAACACAAUCAAUCACCCCUUUGAAAAAGGAAGGCCAUUUGUAUUCAGGAACUCUUUAUCAGAAUCCUGGGGGAAAAGCACACCAAAAAAUCUUGGGUAGAUAUGUAUGAAUGCUCAUUGUGAAACUUCUUGGUUUUUUGGAGUCCCUAUAGUCUUUUAAAAGACAAGUUUUUACAGGGUAUAUAGGGAAAACUUCCAAUACUUUUAGCUGCUAUUUUAAGCAUCUUUCAUGUACAAUCUUGCAAAUCUCAAGAAAAUUGAAGCGCAGAAAGUAAAAUGUUCAUUGUCUUCCAUUAAAA